GAAGAGUCACGUGAUAUUCGUUUUGAGGCGUGUUAGUCUGGACGGAGAUCAAUUCGAAAACGAUGCUGAAAUGCCGUGUGGGCGGAGAUCGUUGUGGGACGGAGUAGUAUGGAUGUAGCCUCAGUAACCGAGAUGUUGAUUCUUGUCAAUAGAUGGCUCGAUUAUUCAGCUGUUGGGAAACGACUUGACGGGACGCGUUUCAUCGCCUUUAAAGUUCCUCUGAAACAGUCUCUGAACCGUCAGCUUCCGAGUUCGGAUGUGUUCGGUCCGUGGGAGCUGCUGGAUGCUCUGAACACAGAAAAGCAAGAGCUCGGUUUGAUCGUUGACCUAACGUUCACCACACGCUACUACACCCUUCAGGACAUCCCAGAGUCUCUGCUGGUCUUGAAGAUCUUCACCGCCGGUCACGAGGUUCCAAGCGACGACACGAUCCUGAGCUUCAAACGCGCCGUAUGCAGGUUUCUACGAGACAACGCGGAGAACGACAAGCUGAUUGGAGUCCACUGUACUCACGGUCUAAACCGGACCGGAUACCUGAUCUGCAGGUACCUCAUAGAUGUUGAUGGGAUGGAUCCUAAAGAGGCAGUAGAGUUGUUCAACUCCUCUCGGGGACAUGAUGUUGAGAGACAGAACUAUCUGGACGACCUACAAAGUGGACCGAAGAGGAGUAAUGAGGGGAUGGAGGAGGCUGAGCAGGAGCCAAUGAGAGGCCUCGCUUCACAUCGGCCCAGUUUCACCCCGUCAGACUCUGACAGCAGAGAAGAGAGACAGUCCCACUUUAAAGAGUCCCGGAACGACAGCAGACCUUUCCCUCCAAGAGGAACAAACCAGCGCUCACACCACCACCACACUGGUCCACCUAAGGGAGCCCCUCACCCCCCUUAUCAAUGGACCCCCUCUAAUGCUGAGAGUCAGUGGAGGAGUACCCCACGCUCAGAGGACAGGAGCUCCAGGUAUCCUCCUCCAGAUGAUUGGCGGUCCAGAUGUGCUCCUCCAGAGGACAGCAGGUCCAGGUAUGCUCCUCCAGAGGACAGGAGCUCCAGGUAUCCUCCUCCAGAGGAUUGGAGGUCCAGAUGUGCUCCUCCAGAGGACAACAAGUCCAGAUAUACAGUUCCAGAGGAUUGGAGGUCCAGAUAUGCUCCUCCAGAGGACAGCAGGUCCAGGUAUGCUCCUCCAGAGAACAGGAGGUCCAGGUAUGCUCCUCCAGAGGAGAGGAGGUCCACGUAUGCUCCUCCAGAGGACAGGAGGUCCAGAUUUGCUCCUCCAGAGGAGAGGAGGUCCAGGUAUCCUCCUCCACAGGACAGGAGGUCCAGAUGUGCUCCUCCAGAGGAGGACAGAAGGAGAGGUCCUCCUCCUCUCCCUCGUUACUCUGCACGCUGGACUAACGAGUCCAUCGGUUGAGAUGGACCUGGAAGUGGACUAGAGUAGACUAGAGUGGACUGGACCUAAGAUGAGACUUCACUAACGUGUGAAACCUGCUGCUCAUCAACAGAAAGAUGUUUUAUUUUUAACAGCAGCUGUAAUUCAGACCUGACGUCUUCGGGGUUCUGUUGAUGAAGCUCUAUGGCUCUGAUUAAAGUUACUCAGCUCUAGUUUGGUUUUGUUUCCUGAGCUUCAGCCGACGGAAACAAAGACAUGAAACAGUUUGUAAGAUCUUCACGUUAUUGUUCAUACUUUUAUAUUUUUUAGGUUUUAUCCCUCUGAAGGCAACAAAUGAUUAUUCUUAUUAUCUCUAUUAAUCGAUUAGUUGCUCGUUCUAUAAACAAGAUGUGGAACAUGCUGUAUGUGAAAGAUAUUAAAGUUUGCUUAAUAAAAGACUGAAAUGUG